AUGGCAGAGGGAGGCGAAGAGGAGUCGGAAGACGACUCUGUGACGGUGAGCGUGCGAUCUCUGGGGGGAGCUAUCACUUGCUUCCGUGUGCCGCGUGCCACCACCGCGCGGGCGUUGAAGAUACGUCUGGCACGGAGUUGUGGGUCUCCGCCCUAUGCGCAGCGCCUGCUUCAAGGGGAGAGAAUUCUCGAAGACGACGCCUCUGUGGAGUCGGCUGUGACGAAUGUGCCUGCAUUGGAAUUGUUGCUGGUUUGCACGCCGUGCGAACUUGAAGCUGGAACACACCUAAUCGACAGCGCCAGGUUCGGGAAUUUGCCAAGCCUUCGAGAAGCAUUGCGCCGGCCAGCACCCCCAGACUUCGCCAGGCCCAGUGAUGGUCUCACGGCUCUUCUGGCAGCAUCGUUUCACGGCCACCUGGAGAUGGUUGUUGAACUGCUUGCAGCUGGUGCUUCAAAGGAGAAGCCCAUGAAGAACGGUGCAACGCCUCUGCACUUGGCUUCACAGAGUGGCCAUCUGGCAGUUGUGAGGUGCCUUUUGACCGCUCGAGCUGAACCCAACGCCGAGGCGGAGGAUGGGCGACGGCCCCUGCACAUCGCUUGCCAGAAGAAUCACGUGGAGGUCAUCCGGACCUUGUGCGAUGGCGAUGCUGAUCCCAAUGCGCCUGGCCCACAUGCCAUGUCUCCGGCCUUCCCUGCGUGCCAGCGAGGCUAUCUUGAUGCAUUGAAGGCUUUGUGCGAGGCCGGCGCAGACCCAGAGGCGACGGACAAGAGCGGCACCAGGCUGAUUGAUGUUGCUAUUCAAGAAGGGCACCUGCCGCUCGUGCAAACACUCCAUGCCGCUGGAGCCAGCAUCGCAGAAUCCAACCGCAAUGGCAGGACACCGCUUCAUGUAGCUGCCUACUGCGGCGACUUGCUCAUUGUUCGGUGGCUGGCUGAAGAAGGAGUGCUGAUCGACAGCAGGGAUCGCCAAAGAUACACUCCUCUGCACUUGGCAGCGCGAUUCGGAUACGAGGUUGUCGCCCGCGAGCUUUUCGAGCUGCGUGCCGACCUAGAGGCUAUAAGUAGCAGCGGCAGUCGGCCGCUGCAUAUGGCUGCCCUUUUUGACCAAGAGGAAGUGGCGCGAUUCCUGUGCGAGCAGCACGUUGACAUGAAUGUCCUCGCCUACCCGGGGCUCUCACCGUUGCACUUGGCCGCCGCCAGAGGAAACCUAGAAGUGGUGAAAGUUUUGUGCGACUUCGGCGCCAACCUGGCCAGACGGGACAUCUUCGGUGCGAUGCCGGUCAGCACGGCAGUCCGCUAUGGCCGCGAUGCGAUUGUGCAGUGCAUGCUCGACGCAGCGGGCUGCGAAGACUGUGAGUCUACCCCAGGUGCCAACCUUCUUCCCCAGAGUGCAGUUGAACUUCCACGAAUACAGUAUUUUGGUGAGAACCUCGUCAAUCCGCGGCAUCAGUCACUGCUCAAAGCUUGUCUCUGCUUGUCCGUGCAUCUUACUUCAAAAUGUAGGCACUUACACGAGCCCGAAACCUGCGAGGCCAUGUGGAGUUUGCUCCCUUCUCUUUGCAAGAGUGAUGCUGAAUUACUGCAGCCCCACAACGUCUCGUUGCUUCACGUCUCCCAAGCGCUCGAUAAUUCCGAUGCCGACAGUAUUUGGGCUGCUGCAGCCCUACAGUAUGUAAGAGAGCCCUCCAGAUCGCCGUUUGCUGUGCAACAGCGUGGAGUUGUGGGGCAACGCUUGAGUUUGCCAGCCAGUUUUGCUAUCGACCAGGGAUCUCGGCUUCCAAAUGCUUCCGUUGCUUGA